GGGCGUGUUAAGACUUGGAACGGACGGCUUGUGAACGCGUGAAAAGCGCAUACUUGAAUUGAAUUCGAAGCGAGGCGAAGUAGCGUUGCGGUAGAGAAUAGUCGCAGAAAAGUACAACGAAUCGAUGACAAAGAAAAAUUUAUUAAAAAAAGUUAAAUUAUAAAACGAUCAACAAGCAUUCAGUUGGGCGACAAACACUCGGACAGCAUUUAGACGCGCGGUGGCACCCAUUUACGGUAGUGCAGCUAAAAUUACGAUAAAUUACUUAUAAUUGCUGUAAUUAUCUACUCGACAAAGAAAUUGUGCAUCGCCGUAAAAGCGGCGCAAUAAUAAUUGAGUUUGCGCGCUCACUUGUAGAGCCACUUUAACUCGUCGUUAAUCACUUGACUUGAGCGCCGCCUACGCGUAUUUAUUCUUAAAAGCGCUACUUAGUUGUGCACGCAGGCGCGAGUCAAAUGUCGUUCUUUCGCAAUUUCCGCGCAAAGGCGCGCAGUAAGAGUUCAUCGCGCGAUACCACGCCCGUGAAUACGACGACGAGUUCACGCCCCGGCAGCGUGGCCAGCAACGUAACAACGCACACGGCACGCAGCACAACCUCAACACGUCGCGAAUCGAUUGACUCACGCGCAGAUUCGCUACUAAAUCGCAGCGACACCUUCAUACUCAAUUCCGACGAAGAGGAGGAGGACAAGCAGAGCAAACAUAACUCGUCGAAUAGUUCGACGUUGGAGAAGAAGUCAAAGAAGUCUAAAGUGCUCAGCAAAUUUGCUACAUUCACUAAGCGCAAAAAGACGCCGACACCUGAGAAGAUCGUCGACCCUCUGGAACACCAUCCCAGCGAUAAUGCAACGAACACCUAUUACAAGUGGAAAGCCGAUGGUCCGACUUCGUCGCAUACACUGGACUAUGACUCGCAGUCGGACCCUUUUAAUUUCCUAUACGAGCAACAUUCCAGCCUGAAGGAUAUGCACCAGGGCAGCAGUAACGGUAACGACUCCGUGCAUUCCUCGCACAGUUCCAACUCAAACACACAGAAUCAGCCCUUCGACUCGUCCACCUAUCGUAAAGGCAAAAUACCCACUCAACUAAAGGAGCAGCUCUCCCAGCUGAAGACGCAAACCAAGGCGGACCUGCACGAGGAUGAAGAGUUGGCGGCCGAACAGGAAUCAAGCGCAGACAAGUAUAAGACAGUAACGCUGAAUAGUUUUCGCAAAUCGUUUCGUGAGAAAUUUCUACAGAACCAACAAAACCCCGCGCACAACCCCGCCUGGUUUGUGGAGGUUGAACCGCCGAAAGUGGAGACACACGCGCGUUGGGAAUCCAAGGAAAAUCGUCCUGACUUCCUAGUUUUUGCGAAUGAAAAUUACCGUCCUAAUUCACGCUCACCAGUGCGUGACAACAAAGAGCGCACAUCACGCGCAAUAAGUCGCUCGCCCGUUAAACGCAACGAGACUUUCCGCAUGGAGCGCCCUACGCUUGAGACGAUCAAAGCCAGUACAGAGCGCCACAAGGGCGGCACACAACUACCUGAAGCGACGGCGGGGUCAAUACGUAUUGAAAUCAAAAAUUCCAUAUCGCCAAACAUGCCACCGCGUGUAGUGCCAGUCGGUGUAGCUAAACCCAUGCCGUCGCGGCACAACGCGCAGGACAAUUAUCAAAGUGCAACAGCGCGCAGCACAGCCAGCAUCACAGCGAGUCUCACACAAGCGAACAAGCCCAGUAAAUUAAGCGCCCGCGACAAGUCACCGCUGCACAACUGGGGCAAGCCGAUCACUGUCACGCCUGUGCGCUAUUCCAGCGCUGUUAAGGCCAGCGCGCCAACAACAGCAGGUGGCCGAUACCAGACUUUGGUACAAAUAUGCAACGAGGCUAAUGUAAAACCAGCGCUCAACCAACAAGCGCAGCGUUCACCGCUGCAACGUAGUCGCCUCUCUACGCGCAUACAGCUGGGUGGUGGCGGAGUGGCGGGCGGUUCGCCCAUAUUGCAGAAGCGCCUAAACACACCCGGCACACGUCACUCACUUGCCACGCCCUUGCAAAUGAACGCGCUUAGCAGCUAUGAACUGUUGAAGCAGACACCGGCAAUGACAUCAAGAUCGACCACGGAUCAGCAGCCGGCGCUGCGCAAACUUCAACAGCCAAAGCACACUUUUUUUGGUGACGCGACGCUGCAUCCUGCCAAUGGCAACGCCAACGUUAAUAAAAUGAUUUCAACGACUACAUUUUCCAUGGGUCGCACGCCAGUUCACUCAACUAUUGGCGGUGCGGGCGGCAGCGCAAGCGGGUAUCCGACGUCGAUGAGUCGUUUGCCACAACCGCAAGUGCUGCGCGUAGCCGGUGGCAGCGCGAAUUACCAGAAUCGUUCGCAACAACAACAGCAGCAGCAGCAGCAGCAACAGCAACCACAACAGCGUGUGCUGGUGUCAACGCAGAGGCGUUCACGUUCACCGAUCAAAAUACCCUGGCGUUGAGCAGCUGCUCGGUGCAGGGGAGAUAAAUGGUUAGCGUGGUUGUUUUUGUGUUAUGCGUACUAGCUGGCUGGCGGUGGAGACACUAGCGGGAGUCAAUGAGAACUACGAUUUUUUUUCUUAAAACCACUUACGAGUUUCGCAACACAGACAUAUCGAAACAAUGUUCCGCAAUUAAAUUAUCACAGCUUGCGAUUUACGCCUACGCUGCUCAUAGCUUUUCGCAACCAAAUCUGCUCGCAAAUCACAAUGAAUGAAUUAUAUGCUACAAAUGCAGCUGGUAACCGUAUUAAGACACCCUGUAUACUACUUCACUCGAAUAAAAAAAAUUGACUGAUUUUUAAUAAUUUCGAAUAUGCAACAAACGACUGCACAUAGUGCAUAGCAAAAUCAAACGAUGCAAACGUCAAAAUAUUAAAAUAAUGAAAUGUGUCUAAAAGAGAAAUUUAUUUUAAUUAACUCAUUUAAUAUAUACCCCUAAUACCUAUUUAACGAAAAUCAUAUUUAUGUAUAGACACACACAUAUCCAAAUAUAAAAACGAAUUGUAUGUAAAAAACGAAUUAAAAUUGCUCAACAUUUUAAUAAUAAUGAGUAUAACGAAA